AUGAUGUGUACCCACACGGCUCCAACACAACGCCACACACUCCAUGCACCACCGCCAUUAACCACUCUCAACCAUCGCCCACUCCCACCCAUCUCCAACCCAUCUUCCACCCACCCCACCCCACCCAUCUCCCUCUGUCUUUCCUCCCCACUGCUUCCUCCCCACUGCUUCCUCCCCACUGCUUCCUCCCCACUGCUUCCUCCCCACUGCUACGUCCGUGCGCCAAUGAAGCUGCACUACCUGUCGCGAUUCCCCCGAUUCCCCCCCUUCCCUGCGCCACUGCGCCAUCUCUCCCGCACCCGUUCCUCUCCUCUACCACCCACGCCACCACGGAAUCUCUCGUCCACCCAAUACCUACCACACCUCUCUCCAUCCCCACUCCCUCCCACUCCUGCCUCUGUUGCUGCUGCAGCAGGCAUGGAUGCAGAUGUGGGAGCAGGCACGGGGGCAGGCACGGGGGCAGGCACGGGGGCAGGCACGGGGGCAGGCACGGGGGCAGGCACGGGAGCAGGCACGGGAGCAGGCACGGGGGCAGGCACGGGGGCAGGCACGGGAGCAGGCACGGGAGCAGGCACGGGCACAGGGGCAGGCACGGGGGCAGGCACGGGGGCAGGCACGGGCACAGGGGCAGGCAUGGGGGCAGGCACGGGGGCAGGCACGGGGGCAGGCACGGGGCAGGCAUGGGGGCAGGCACGGGGGCAGGCACGGGGGCAGGCAUGGGGGCAGGCACGGGGACAGGCAUGGGGGCAGGCACGGGGGCAGGCAUGGGAACAGGCACGGGAGCUGGCACGGGUGCACUCGUGGCAGAUCGCACCACCUCUUGCCCUGCAUGCCGCCCCUCACCGCCUCUGCCCUCACCGCCUCUGCCCUCACUGCCUCUGCCCUCACCGCCUCUGCCCUCACCGCCUCUGCCCUCACCGCCUCUGCCCUCACCGCCUCUGCCCUCACCGCCUCUGCCCUCACCGCCUCUGCCCUCACCGCCUCUGCCCUCACCGCCUCUGCCCUCACCGCCUCUGCCCUCACCGCCUCUGCCCUCACCGCCUCUGCCCUCACCGCCCUUGCUGCUGCGUGCCGCAUCACUCCAUGGCGCAUCACUCCAUGGCGCAUCACUCCAUGGCGCAUCACUCCAUGGCGCAUCACUCCAUGGCGCAUCACUCCAUGGCGCAUCACUCCAUGGCGCAUCACUCCAUGCCGCAUCACUCCAUGGCGCAUCACUCCAUGGCGCAUCACUCCAUGGCGCAUCACUCCAUGCCGCAUCACUCCAUGGCGCAUCACUCCAUGGCGCAUCACUCCAUGCCGCAUCACUCCAUGGCGCAUCACUCCAUGGCGCAUCACUCCAUGGCGCAUCACUCCAUGGCGCAUCACUCCAUGGCGCAUCACUCCAUGCCGCAUCACUCCAUGCCGCAUCACUCCAUGGCGCAUCACUCCAUGCCGCAUCACUCCAUGGCGCAUCACUCCAUGGCGCAUCACUCCAUGGCGCAUCACUCCAUGCCGCAUCACUCCAUGCCGCAUCACUCCAUGGCGCAUCACUCCAUGCCGCAUCACUCCAUGGCGCAUCACUCCAUGGCGCAUCACUCCAUGGCGCAUCACUCCAUGCCGCAUCACUCCAUGCCGCAUCACUCCAUGGCGCAUCACUCCAUGGCGCAUCACUCCAUGGCGCAUCACUCCAUGGCGCAUCACUCCAUGGCGCAUCACUCCAUGCCGCAUCACUCCAUGCCGCAUCACUCCAUGGCGCAUCACUCCAUGGCGCAUCACUCCAUGGCGCAUCACUCCAUGGCGCAUCACUCCAUGGCGCAUCACUCCAUGGCGCAUCACUCCAUGCCGCAUCACUCCAUGGCGCAUCACUCCAUGGCGCAUCACUCCAUGCCGCAUCACUCCAUGGCGCAUCACUCCAUGGCGCAUCACUCCAUGGCGCAUCACUCCAUGGCGCAUCACUCCAUGGCGCAUCACUCCAUGGCGCAUCACUCCAUGGCGCAUCACUCCAUGCCGCAUCACUCCAUGCCGCAUCACUCCAUGGCGCAUCACUCCAUGCCGCAUCACUCCAUGGCGCAUCACUCCAUGGCGCAUCACUCCAUGCCGCAUCACUCCAUGCCGCAUCACUCCAUGCCGCAUCACUCCAUGGCGCAUCACUCCAUGGCGCAUCACUCCAUGGCGCAUCACUCCAUGCCGCAUCACUCCAUGCCGCAUCACUCCAUGCCGCAUCACUCCAUGCCGCAUCACUCCAUGCCGCAUCACUCCAUGGCAUGGCAGCAGGUGGGGCUGCACUUGCUUGCGCCGACACUCCAGCAGGUGGUGCCAUCCCUUGUGCUGGCAGCGCAGCAGUGGUGCCAUCCCUUGUGCUGGUGA